AUGAUUUUUCUCCCGGAACGCGUUCUGCUACUAUUUGGGAUAUCUACGUUGAUUCUCCCAAUCGCCGUGUCGGACAAUGAACCUCCAGAAAAUGGCGUGAACGCCGAGUUAUGGGAGGCUUUACACCCGCCUGAAGUCGUAAAGUCGGGACGGAUCACGAUAGAGGAAUGGAGAGGCAUCCGACGCGAAAGACGGUUGUUUGACGCCGCGUUUAAAAAAUGGGUCGACGACCAUCCAGGGGACAGACUUGAUUGGGGCCAGACAAUACACAUGCAGAAGAUAGUGAACGUCCGGGAUAUGGUGCAAGCAAAAUUUUUCGAUGAAAGCGCCCUGGUCCCGAGGAUGCGCCGCUACGCGCACGUCUUUGACGGAUAUCAUGGGGACUUGAAGUGGGGGUACAAAUGCCUCGAGCCGGAGCUCUGCGAGAUCAUGAACUACCGGUACUUCUCCGUCCUCUUCGCCUGGUUGCCGCGUGACCCCAUCGUUAACCUCACCCUGGUCGAGCAGCGGGUUACUGAUUAUAAAUCGAAAGCCAGGGCGCGUCUCGCCUCGAAGACUGGCAGCGACGUGGUUGAGAACUGGCACUUCAACAUUGACAUCGUCGACGAGUUCUUGCCAAUCUACUUUGGGAUGACUUGGGAGAUGUCGGAGUCCGCGGGCAUUCGACACCCCCUGGAUCAUCAUGGAAAUACGGCGAUUGACGUCGGCGGUCACAAAGCGCUAAACUAUUACGUUCAGGAUCAGAGUUGUUACGAGCAUUUCGCCUUUUUUAAAAAUACGGACAUUUGCCAGUAUGAACACUACGAUGCACUGCUUUUU